AUGGCUUCCUGCAAGAAGUCGCUGAAGCUGGUGGCUGUUUCCAAUUCUACUAAAGAAUAUAACAAAGUGAAAGAACUGUUUGAGAAGACGAUGGAAGGAUUCGUGAUCCGGAGGCUACAAAGGAAUCAGAACCCUUCUCUUUGGCAAGUCUUUCAGUGGCAGAAAGAGCAGAUGAGGAAAAAGAAUGGAGGGAAAGAGGUAGAUGAAAGGCUCUUGUUCCACGGCACCAGCGCAUCUCACCUGCAUGACAUCUGCGAACAGAACUUUGACUGGAGGAUCUGUGGGACCCAUGGAACAUUGUAUGGAAAAGGAAGUUAUUUUGCGAAGGAUGCCAGCUACUCCCAUCGGUACUGCCAGUCAGAUACCCGCUUCAAGAUGAUGUUUGUUGCUAGAGUUCUAGUCGGAGACUAUGUUCAAGGGAAUGUGGCUUACCUUCGCCCUCCAUCCAGACCUGACCGGCACAACAACAGCUUUUACGACAGCUGCGUGGACACCCUUCUGGAUCCUUCCAUUUUUGUCAUCUUUGAAAAGCAUCAGAUUUACCCGGAGUACAUCAUAGAAUACAAGCAAGUAUCCCACUGCGCAGUCAUGUGA